CUGGAGAGAGGAAGGGACGAAAGCGGGAAGGGAAGAAGAGAUGGCAGGCUAUGGGAAAGCUCCCGGCUGUGAGGCGGUGCCAGGAGGUGGCAGCAGAGGCCGAGCGCGACGCCGGGCUGAGGGGUGCCGAUGCAAGCGGGUGAGUGCCCCCGCGGGACUGAACCAACCGUGGCCUCUGCGGGCAAGCCUGCCUCUCUGCGACCCUGCCACCGGUCUAAUCCCGGGAAAGGGGCUGACCUCUACCCAGCCCUCUCAGGGAGAGUGGUAAACAAGAAGUAGGUCCAAACAUGGGUGGGGUCCAGCUGUGUUCAGCUUCUGUGUUUCUGCAUCCCCUUCCCUUCUGCAGCUCCUCUGCAUCACUGGGAAGAACCUAGACGCCCUGCCUUUGAGCCUUUGCCUCUCCUUCUAGCAGCCACUGGGCUCCCUGAGGCUCCUUGUGUGCCCUUACCCUCUCUGUUGCUUUAUUCAGGUGAUUAUGGAUUCUUCACCUCCUCUGAUCCACUUGCUGUACCUUGAUCUCAGAGGACCUCCAGUAGUAGAGGGAUGUGGGGAGCCAGCAAGCACAGCCGCCUGGCCAGGCCUUCACUCUGCUGUGAGUGGGUGCUUGUUUGGGGUGCAGGUGCCACCAGAGCUUGGGUGCCACUGCAGCAAGAGGUGCCCUGGCCACUGGUAGGGCAGCAAGAGUUAUGCUCUUCCAGGAUGAGGUCUCCACCCAGCCUAUGCUUGCUCUGGAAGCUGAAGGCCAUGCUUAUGGAAUGGGUGGCUAACCAUUGGAUUUUGGCCAAAUGUCCCAAAGGCUCUGGGGCUGCCAGUUGCUUGGAUACAUUGGAGACAUGCCUGAGGGGCUGCAAAUGGUCAGCCAUGCAGAGCAGCCUGAGUGGGACAUGGCUUGGCAGAGUGGGCUGCCUUGGCCUGUGAUAGGAGAGAGCCAUGAGCCCCCAGACCAUGCCCCACCUUGACCACAAACCCUUUUCAACCUCAAGUCCUCCUGGGCUUGAGCUCCUCUGGCCCUGCGCCCUCUGCCUACAAGCCAUCCAGCCACAAGGCCCCCUGGUCACGAUUCCCCCCUCCCCCCCCCGCCAUGAUCAUCCUCAUUUGCGUGCUCACUCAUCUGCUUCCUCACCCAGACCCAUGCCAUGCGGGCACCCAACUCCGAGCUGGCAGUGGGCACACGGCAAUGUCCAGGAGCAUCCUUAGGGAAGAGGUUGGGACUGCCUGCCGGCUCUCGCCGCCCGCCGCCCCCCCUUCGGCCAUGAGCUGUUUACCGCUACCGGCUUUAUUUAAAGAAACUCAACCCAAAGCCGCCCCCGGGCUCGCAGCGGCGGCGGGGCCGGCCGGGGGCGGGAGUGCCUCGAGCGCGGCGGGUCUCAGCCCGCCCCUUCCCCGCCCGCCGACGUCUCCGCCAUGGGCACUGCGCGGCUGCUGUGCUCUCUGCUUCUGCUGCUGCUGGGCACCGGUACCGGCACCGGGCUGCCCCCCCCACGACUGGUGCUCGCCAUCCUGGCCCGUAACGCCCAGCACUCGCUGCCGCACUGCCUGGGAGCCCUGGAGCGUAUGGACUAUCCCGCGGGGAGCAUCGCUCUGUGGUGUGCAACUGACCACAACUCAGAUAACACAACAGCGAUGCUGCAGGAGUGGCUGGAGGUGGUGGGGAAGGACUAUCACUCUGUGGCCUGGAAGGUGCAGGAGGAGCCCAGCUCGUACCCCGACGAGCUUGGGCCCAAGCACUGGAGCUACAAACGCUAUGAAAACUUGAUGAGGCUGAAGCAGGAGGCUCUCACCUAUGCCCGGGAGCAGCAGGCAGACUACAUCCUGUUUGUGGACACUGACAGCAUCCUGACCAAUAACCAGACUGUCAAGUUUCUUAUGGCUCAAAACAAGUCGGUGGUGGCACCCAUGCUGGACUCACAAACCUUCUACUCUAACUUCUGGUGUGGCAUUACACCCCAGGGGUACUACCGCCAAACAGCUGACUACUUCCCCACCAAGAACCGGCAGCGAGUGGGCUGCUUCUCUGUCCCCAUGGUCUAUGCCACCUUCCUGAUCGACCUGCGUAAGGAGGAGACGUUGCGGUUGGCUUUCUACCCACCCCAUCCCAACUACACCUGGGCCUUUGAUGAUAUCAUUGUCUUUGCCUACUCCUGCCAAGCAGCUGGUGCAGAGGUCCAUGUGUGCAAUCAGCAGCACUUUGGCUAUAUCAAUGUCCCUGUGAAGGCCCAUCAGAUGCUGGAAGAUGAACGUGCCAACUUUGUGCAUCUCAUGCUGGAGGCCAUGGUGGAUGGGCCCCCCAUGCAGCGUUCCAGAUACAUUUCCCAUCUCCCCAGGCCACUCACAAAAAUGGGAUUUGAUGAGAUCUUCCUCAUCAAUCUGGUGCGGAGGCCGGACCGGCGCCAGCGUAUGUUGGCAUCCUUGUUGGAGCUGGAGAUUGCCCCGCAGGUGGUGGAUGCUGUGGAUGGGAGCACCCUCAACAGCAGUGACAUCAAAGUGCUGGGGGUGGACCUGCUCCCUGGGUACUAUGACCCCUUCUCUGGCCGCACACUCACGAAGGGUGAGGUUGGCUGUUUCCUCAGCCACUACAACAUCUGGAAAGAGAUUGUGUCCCGGGGCCUGGAGAGGUCAGUGGUCUUUGAGGAUGAUGUGCGAUUCGAGGCCGCCUUCCCAGCACGGCUGCAGCGGCUGAUGAAGGAACUGGAGGAGGCACAGCGGGAUUGGGACCUCAUCUAUCUGGGGAGGAAGCAGGUGAAUGUGGAAGAUGAGGCACCUGUGGAGGGUGUGCAAAACCUAGUGGUGGCUGGGUACUCAUACUGGACACUGGCCUAUGUCAUCUCCCACCGUGGGGCACAGAAGCUGCUGGCUGCCAAGCCCCUCUCCAAAAUGCUGCCAGUGGAUGAGUUCCUGCCCAUCAUGUAUGAUAAACACCCAAAUGAGGAUUACAAGCAGCACUUCAGUCCCCGGGAUCUGCUGGUGUUUUCAGUUCACCCUCUCCUGGUUUAUCCUACCCACUAUGCUGGGGACAGCAACUGGCUGAGUGACACUGAGACCUCCACCGUCUGGGACAAUGAUGCCAAGAAGACUGACUGGACGGGCUCACAGAAGACUCUGAGGGACUUGCGGGGCAGUGCUGGCCACCUCCGCACCAUCACUCGUGAUGAGCUUUGAUGGGAUAAGGGAUUGUGACCCAGCCUGGAGCACUGUGGACCAGUGGCCUGAUCCUACUCACUCUCACUACCAGCAGAUGCAGCUGCCCCUGGAUAGAUUCAGCCCCAGGGUCCCUUCAAGUCUGCUGGUGGCAAAUCCACCCAAGGCAGUGUUUUACCUACCAGGCGGACACUAAGGCACUGUGUUCUGUCUUUUAUGAAGAUACAUCUCCAGGGCUGCUGUGAGUGAUGCCAACUUUUCCACCAUCCACUGGCUUGGGACUUCAGCGAGUGGUUUUCAGGCUAGAGGCUGGCUCCUACAGUGGCACCUGUGGCCUCCUGCCGCUGAAUGUGCUUGUCCUUUGCUUGUGUUGUCAGGGAUGAAACCCAGGGAGGAUUAAAGCAGACUGUGUUUGA